ACCUGAUAUCCUGAUUCUUUUCUACAGGUAAAGAAUAAAAUGACAAAGGAACAAUACAUUAAAAUGAAUCGAGGAAUCAAUGACAGUAAAGACCUGCCAGUAGAGUAUUUAUCCACGAUCUAUGAAGAAAUAGAAGGAAAGAAAAUUGCCAUGAAGGAGACAAAAGAAUAUGCAAUUGCAACCAAGUGUAGUAAACCAAGUGUAGCUAAUGAGAAGCAGCGGAGGCUUUUGUACAACUUGGAGAUGGAACAAAUGGCUAAAACUGCUAAAGCUCUCAUGGAGGCAGUAAGCCAUGCAAAGGCUCCUUUUACUAGUGCCACUCAUCUGGAUCAUGUCAGGCCCAUGUUCAAACUUGUUUGGACUCCAUUGUUAGCAGCUUACAGUGUUGGUUUGCAGAACUGUGAUGACACAGAAGUUGCAUCCCUUUGUUUGGAAGGCAUACGAUGUGCAAUUCGAAUAGCCUGCAUCUUUGGAAUGCAGCUUGAACGAGAUGCUUAUGUACAGGCCCUUGCUCGGUUUUCCUUGUUGACUGCCAGUUCCAGUAUUACAGAAAUGAAACAGAAGAACAUAGAUACUAUUAAGACACUUAUUACAGUCGCUCACACAGAUGGCAACUAUCUUGGGAACUCUUGGCAUGAGAUCCUGAAAUGUAUUAGCCAGCUGGAGCUAGCACAACUUAUAGGAACUGGAGUAAAAACUCGGUAUUUAUCUGGUGCUGGACGUGAAAGGGAAGGAAUCAUUAAAGGCUAUGCAUCUGGAGGGGAAGAGUUUAUGGGCCUCGGAUUAGGUAAUCUUGUUGGAAGUGGUGCUGAUAAGCGGCAUAUGGCGAGCAUUCAAGAGUCAGUGGGAGAGACCAGUUCCCAGAGUGUAGUGGUAGCAGUAGACAGGAUAUUUACAGGAUCAACUAGGCUGGAUGGAAAUGCAAUAGUUGACUUCGUCCGAUGGCUGUGUGCUGUCUCUAUGGAUGAGCUGGCUUCCCCACACCAUCCACGCAUGUUCAGUCUGCAGAAGAUAGUGGAGAUAUCCUAUUACAACAUGAAUCGCAUCAGGCUGCAGUGGUCAAGGAUUUGGCAAGUGAUUGGAGAUCACUUCAACAAGGUUGGCUGUAACCCUAAUGAAGAUGUUGCCAUCUUUGCAGUAGACUCAUUAAGGCAGCUGUCCAUGAAAUUUCUUGAGAAAGGAGAGUUGGCCAACUUCCGCUUCCAGAAAGACUUCUUAAGGCCUUUUGAGCAUAUUAUGAAGAAAAACAGAUCUCCAACUAUUCGGGACAUGGUAAUACGCUGUAUUGCUCAGAUGGUGAACUCUCAAGCUGGUAAUAUUCGCUCAGGCUGGAAAAAUAUCUUUGCUGUUUUUCACCAAGCAGCAUCAGACCAUGAUGGGAAUAUUGUGGAGCUGGCCUUUCAGACUACAGCACAUAUAGUUACAAAUAUUUUCCAACAGCACUUUCCUGCAGCAAUUGAUUCAUUCCAAGAUGCAGUAAAAUGUCUCUCUGAGUUUGCUUGUAAUGUUGCAUUUCCGGACACCAGCAUGGAAGCAAUUAGACUUAUUCGGUAUUGUGCAAAAUAUGUUUCAGAAAGACCACAGGUAUUAAGAGAAUACACGAGUGAUGACAUGAAUGUUGCUCCUGGGGACAGAGUAUGGGUCAGAGGAUGGUUCCCCAUUUUAUUUGAGCUUUCUUGUAUCAUAAAUCGUUGCAAAUUAGAUGUUCGAACAAGAGGUUUAACAGUGAUGUUUGAAAUAAUGAAGAGUUACGGCCAUACCUUUGAAAAGCAUUGGUGGCAAGAUCUGUUCAGAAUAGUAUUUCGGAUUUUUGAUAAUAUGAAACUUCCUGAACAACAAACAGAGAAAUCUGAAUGGAUGACCACUACAUGCAACCAUGCACUUUAUGCAAUCUGUGAUGUAUUCACGCAAUUUUAUGAAGCUUUAAAUGAGAUCCUUCUUCCUGACAUACUUGCACAGCUACACUGGUGUGUGAAACAAGAAAAUGAGCAGUUGGCUCGAUCAGGUACAAACUGCCUGGAAAAUCUGGUAAUACUAAAUGGACAGAAAUUCAGCCCAGAAGUCUGGGGCCAGACGUGCAAUUGUAUGCUAGAAAUCUUCAAAACUACCAUUCCUCAUGUCUUGCUUACGUGGAGGCCAGCGGGAAUGGAGGAAGAUUCAGCUGAAAAGCACUUGGAUUUGGACCUAGAUCGUCAGUCAUUAAGCAGCGUGGAUAAAAACGCUUCAGAAAGAGGACAAAGUCAACUUUCAAAUCCAACAGAUGAAAGCUGGAAAGGUGGUCCUUAUACAAACCAGAAACUGUUUGCUGGCCUCCUUAUAAAGUGUGUGGUACAGUUGGAGUUGAUACAGACCAUUGAUAACAUAGUAUUCUAUCCAGCCACAAGCAAGAAGGAAGAUGCUGAGCACAUGGCUGCAGCUCAGCGAGAUGCACUGGAUGCAGAUAUCCACAUUGACACAGAGGACCAAGGAAUGUAUAAACACAUGUCUUCACAUCACCUCUUCAAGUUACUAGAUUGUUUGCAGGAGUCUCAUUCUUUUUCAAAAGCCUUUAAUUCAAAUUAUGAACAAAGAACUGUGUUGUGGAGAGCAGGGUUCAAGGGUAAAUCAAAACCUAAUCUCUUAAAACAAGAGACCAGCAGCCUGGCUUGUUGCUUGAGAAUACUCUUUCGAAUGUAUGUGGAUGAAAACCGCCGAGACUCCUGGGAUGCCAUACAACAACGUCUGCUUAGUGUAUGCAGUGAAGCCCUGGCAUAUUUUAUUACCGUGAACUCAGAAAGCCACAGAGAAGCUUGGACCAAUCUCCUGUUGCUGCUUUUAACAAAAACACUAAAAAUCAGUGAUGAAAAGUUUAAGGCACAUGCUUCAACAUAUUAUCCAUACUUGUGUGAAAUCAUGCAAUUUGACCUGAUUCCUGAGCUUCGAGCUGUGCUACGGAAGUUCUUCCUGCGUAUAGGUGUUGUGUUCAAAAUCUGCGUAACAGAGGAGCAAAUACGGACAACUGGGACAAAUUUACCCUCAUGGUAACCCGAAGUAGAAUUGGUUACUUCUGCUUCUACAUAAAGCUGUUCCAGAGAUGGACUGAAGUGGAUAGAGGAAGAAGUGGGACCCUGAUAUAUCAAAAGAACAGCAAGUUACUCUUAACACAAUGGCAUUUGAGGAGGAAUUGGGAGGGAAGGGGGGAAGGAAAGGGGGGGAAAAAUUCCUGGCUAUCUAUAAAACUAUGAGACUAUCACCAAUUUUUAUUUAAAUUAUUGCUUACAGAAUUAGUGCUGUAGAUAUAAAGUCUAUUUGUUUCCAUGCUUAUCAUCCUUAUGAUCAAGUUUGUCUCUUCUAGUCUUUUAUCAAUUGUUCAGUUUUGCAGCCCAACCAAAUCUUAUAACUGGAUUCCUCAAUGGAAAUUAUUCCCCAUGGAAGUAAUAAAUACAGUUGUAUAGCCUUGUGAUGUCAGCAUGUGCUCAUAAUAAACUAUACUGCAGUGGCUGAUGACCACCUCAGAUCAUUCUGGGUUUUUCUUUGUGUGCACAUGGCUAGACCAGGCAGUGCAUUAUAGGUUUUCACAUAGACAGCCUGUAGGAUAUUUGGGGGAAGGAGUUUUCCUCUUGUUCAGCAGAUCAUUUUAGAAGAACUUUUUUAAUAUCAGUGCUUCAUCUUCCAAGAUCUCUUGUUUUUAUGGAAGGAGUACAUAGUAGUAUCAACUCCAUUUAGCUCCUUAGUCUUGAGUUCCAAGCGUUAAAAAAGAAAAAGGUAAUUUUUAAACUUCCCAUUGACUUUGACACAUGUCCAAAUCAUGGACACAGCAUCUACAUUAAUGUUAAAAACAGAGUUCAAAAAAAAAAACAACCACCACCCUCUUUAUCCUUGAAUACAAUGUAUUUAGCGUAUUUAGUGGUAAUGGUCUGUUUAGGAAGUCUUAUUCUUAAUACCUAUAAAAUUUUCCUUUUCUUUCACUGCAUACUUUCAACUUCUUUUUUUUUUUUUGUUUGUGCAAAUAAUUAAUAGUUGAGAACAAAUGUCACUACUAUGAAAUCUGAAUUCCAUGACUGCUUUAGCAAAAUUAAAUUUAAGAUUAGUCGUGCACUAUAACAAUUACCAAUACAUUUAUGUGGUUUCAAAAAUAUGUGAAGCAAAUGUGAUUUAACACUAAAACUUUGUAUGCUUACCCUGGAGAUUCUCCUUUCUCCAGCAUGCCUAAGUUUUUUGUGACACAUAAUACCAGUUUAUAAGAGAAGUCCUGCACGAUAGAGUUAUGUCCUUUGAACUAACUUUAAUUUCAAGUUUUAAUUUCAAGACUUUUUUUCAAAAAUGGAAAAGUAUGGCAGGAUGGGAGAAAUUCCACUUCCUAAAACAUGUAAACAAAAGUGUUAGAUUACCCACUGUGCUAUCUAUAUCAGCAAACCUCAGAAAUAACAGUAUUUAACAACAGCAACAAUAGAACGGUACUGUACUCGACUUGUUUUGCUUUUGAGUUUCCUAAUAGGGCAGUCAUAGUUGAUGUAGUGUUGAGAUAUUCUACUCUCAUAGUUAUUGGUGUGUGUAUAUAUACUUUUUUUUUUUCUUGUGAGCUAUUUCCAAAGGGCUCAUGUGGCAUUUUUCAGUAAAUCAGCUUGUUCUAUGUAAGCAUCAUUUGGCAAUUGUUUUGCAGUCAGUAGUAUUGGUAAGGCUUUCAAGUUUUUAUUUUUAACCAAAGAAAAGCCACAGCCAGGCUGAGUUUUAAACACCCUAUAGAUUGUCUGUAUGCUAAUAUUUAAUAUGAGGAAAUAUAUGGUUAUAUUUUAGCAUAAGAAAAAGACUGAAAAAUAAGCGUUGCCAAUAUUGAACUUGCUGCAUUUGAAAUGUCACUUUAUGUUGCAUUUAGUGUAUUUGCUUGUUCCCUGGUAAUGUCACUUAAUUAUGAUAAAAUGAAGUAUUUAUUUUAAUUCUAUUUAAAUUUUUAAUAAAUUUGUAAGAAUAAGCCAUUACUUUUCCUUCCUGUCCUAGAUAGUUCUUAAACAUAUAUAUAUUAUUUUCAGGUUUUGAAUGUGACACUGCCUCAUUGAAUGUAUACCUGUAUUUCCUUUCAAAACACAAACUUUAAAGUUGCAUGCUUCUUCUACAGUUUUGAAAGCCUUACAUCUCAAGUCUUGAAAGAUGUCUCCUAAUUUUCAGAUCUUAAAUUUGGAGUUGCAUCGUGGGCUUUCUUUUCUGUAAUGUGCAACGUACUAUCUCUGCAUAUAGAAUUAAUCAGUCCCUUCUUUCAGCCUUAGUUCCGAGAGAUUCUUCUUUUACUCAAGCUUUUAUUGUAUUUGUACCAUUUAUAAACUGCUGAAAUUAGGCAUGUGACAUUAGAAAUGUUCUAGACUUACUGUAGUGCAUGGAGAAGAAGAGGGACUGGAAUGCAAUGGGAUUGCAACAGCCUUAAUCCUGUCAUGAUUUUCUGGAAUUGAUUGUACAUCCUAAAGCAAUAAGAGUAGUAUGCAGAGUGUAUACCGGAAUACCUGAAACAGCUGUAUAUUCACAUCAGCUUUUUGUUCUCCUUCAUACAAUCAGAAAGAUCAUAACCCACAGGCAUCUUAACAGGGCAUAAAAUGCUGAGCCAAAAUGCCUGCAGGCAUUGCUGGUUCUGGCCUUGUCCUGGCUCUGCUGCCAUAAUACCUGACCUGCCUGGGGUGCUUCUUCAGUGGAAGGAUGAAUGAAACAGGAUUCUGUGUCAGUAUAUCCCAGUAGAGAUCUCUGCAAUACACAGAGUAAUAAUAAAAAACAAACAAAACCAACACAGUUCUUAGACUGCUGAAAUACUGUUCUGCAACAAACUACAGACAGAUUUUUACCUACAAGGGUAUAAAUACAGAGACUGCAUGGUAUUUAUUGCUACUUACUGUAGAACCUUCUAGGCAGCAGGUGGGGGAUGCUGUGAGGAGAGCCCCAUGCCCUGCCUGCCAUCUCACACCGGGGUUCCUUCCCCUUUCCUGCCCUGCUCCCUGAGCUGCCAGCAGAGCUGUGCAGAGCAGCUCUACCCGAGAGGAGCCAACAGCCCCGACUUCAGCUAUUGGCAAUUAAGUGUAGUAUCUUUUAGCCUGAAGUAAAAUUACGCUUCUCCUGUCCAAAGUGCGGCUCUCUUUCAUCUGUAAAUUGUUUGUUCAGCACCUUUAAUGUUGUUUGUGUAAAAUGUAUGUUUUCACGUAUUUAAGAUGCCUAUGUUUCUGAGGACUGCCGUAUGAAGUGCAUUUAAUACCGAUAAAGAGCAGUCCUUGCCCUCUGGAUGUACACAUUUUUGAGAGAAUAGCAAAAUUAUAAAAUAUGAAAACCUAUGUAAAGUUUUCUACAUGAAAAUACUAUGUAUAAUACUGUUAUAAUACUCCAUGCUUUAAUGAAGUGGUAAAUCAAUAAAGUUUUAAGAAGUGG